UCCAAAUAUCUUACAAUUUUCUCAACCCAAACUUUAAUUUCGAUUUUGAAAAAUUAUCAGAAUAUAUAUUAAUCGAAAUAGUUGAAGUUUAUGGAAAAAUAUCAAGGUACAAUUACAAGUUUCUCCAUGGGGUACAAUUGAUGCGAUGCUAGGGAUAUACAGGGAUAAUUCCAAUCAAUUUUCUCAUUCUUUCGUAAAAAUUCAAAUAGCCGUUUCGCAAUCUUUUCAUGCGUCACGAUUAUUCUAAUAACAGCAAUUCGCAUUUGAAUUUGCUUGAACAUAUUUAACAUUUCAUCACACGCAAGCGCAAUGAAGUCUUUGGAAACGAGUAUCAUUUCUUCAACGUUGCCAGUCACGUACGAGCUCUGACUUGAUCGUCGUUAAAAAGGGAAGUCAAUGGGACAACCUUACUCCUUGAAACUCGUGUAUCCGCUUUUGAAAAUAUUAGGCGCGUGGCCAAAAUCCACGCCACCCUCCGUUUUAUCAACGAUACUGAAAUGGUGUUUAAUCUUUACCUGUUAUCUCAUUCAAUUGAUGGUCCUGAUCCCAGGGAUUUUGUACAUUUUUUUGAAAGAAGCGAAUUUGAGCGGGAAAAUUAAAAUGUUUGUCCCGCAUAUGAACGGUAUCACGCAAGUGUGCAAGUAUACGAUUCUCCUACGACAAAUAAAGGAAUUUAAUAUAAUAUUAAAAGAGGUGAGGAGAGAUUACUCGUUGGCCACCGACAAAAAUAUGUGGAUUUUCACCACAAGGGCGUGCAUAGGACACAAGAUGAUGAUAGCAAUAGCGAUCACUAUGUACACUUCUGGUGUCGGUUAUCGGAUGAUUCUUCCAUUCUUGAAAGGAAGAAUUCUUCUACCGGACAACACGACUGUAAGAUUGCUACCCUGUCCCGGUUACUACAUGUUCUUCAACGAACAAGUUACACCGAAUUACGAGAUUAUUUUUAUCAUCCAAGUUCUCGGUGGAUUUCUCAACUAUACUACUCUGUGCGGUACUACGGGAAUUAGUACGAUGCUUUGUCUACACACGUGCAGUUUAUUGAAGAUAUUAAUAAACAAGAUGAACGAUCUUACCUGUCAGUCUGAUGAUUGCGAGACAGUUGUGCGUAAGAAGCUCGCGGAUAUUGUUGAGUAUCAGAUGAAGAUUAUAGACUUUUUAAAUCACGUCGAACAGCUCACGUCUUAUCUUUAUUUUUGCGAAAUUCUCGAAUACGUGUGUGGAGCUUGCGUGAUCGGAUACUGCCUUAUCACGGAAUGGGAGAACAGUAACGGUGCAGCUUUAAUAGUUUAUUUUAUUUUGGAGUUUCUUUGUAUAUUUUGCACCUUAACGAUUUGUUACAUUGGUCAACUUCUCAUCGACGAAAGCGAUAGAGUCAGACGGAUAUCUAUAACAUUGGAUUGGUAUCGGUUACCUGUGAAUGAAGCGCGUGGCUUGAUACUGAUUAUUAUUAUGUCGAAUUAUCCAAUAAAAGUCACAGCUGGCAAAAUUGUAGACAUAUCGUUGAUCACGUUCACCGAUAUCGUAAAGACAUCUGUAGGAUAUUUGAACAUAUUACGAACAGUUGUUUAAGCUCAUUUUUUGGAACAAAUACAUGCGAUACAACAGAAAGCAGUCGACUGAGAUAAUUUUCAUUAUUAUUGUCAUAUUUUUAUUUUCUUCUACUUUUUUUACAGAACUUUGCGUGUAACUUUCCCCUCGCGUAUAGAACCCUUUCACAUUUACUUCUAC